UGCACAGGGAGCCAAUGGGAGCCCCGCUCCGUCCCCCGGCAGCCAAUCAGAGGCCGGCUCGGCCUCACCCUCACUGUUCUUUCUGCAGUGAAAGAAUUUCAGCCAAAGUUGCUGCCAUCAAAGCGAGCAAAAGCAAAUAAUCCGACGCAUGUCAUCGGGAUAUGUGCGUGGUGAUAUAUGCCCUGAUCUGCUGCACAAACUGAACGCGGGGACAGAGGCCGGUGAUUGGCUGCUGGGGGGGACAAAGGCGGUUUACCUGUGCAGGUGGAGGCGCGGGAGGGGAGACGGUCCCGCAGAGGGGCAGGAGGAAAAGUUGACUUACCUGUAGACCCACUUCUGGCAGCUCACUCGCUCUGGUACCUGCUCCGACUUGAAAGUCCAGUUUCACAAGGAAGGAUCGUAGAGGAAGCUAAACUAUGUCACAGGAGACAGACAAUAAGCGUCUGGUGGUGGUCGUCCCCAACGAGACCUCGUUCCCGGCCGUGCGGCGCGCCUACACAAGCGAGGACGAGGCAUGGAGGUCGUACCUGGAGAACCCGCUGACGGCGGCCACCAAGGCCAUGAUGAGCAUCAACGGGGACGAGGACAGCGCCAACGCCCUGGGCCUGCUCUACGACUACUACAAGGUGCCCAAAGAAAAGAGACUUCUGCAAUUUCCCAGAGCGGCGGAGCUUCCAGAGGAACAGGAGAAGAGAAGUAUGUUGCCAACCAACCCCGGCGCUCAAAACGAGGGCGAGACGGACAACCGAGUCCAGGUCCUCAAGUCCGUCCCCGUCAACCUGUCUCUGAACAUGGAGCAGCAGGAGAGCAAGCGGGAGCAGCUCGGCUGCUCCACGGAGUUGGCGUCGGCCGACGGAGACUCUCCCGGCGUGGCGGUGGUGAAGGCCGAGGUGUACGCCCCCAUCUUCAUGGCGGGAGGCGGCGGGCUGCACUACAGGGUGGAGCGGGAGGAGCCGGCCCGGGUGGUGUACGAGCAGAGUCCCUACGAGGUCACCACCGUCAACCACAACUCCUACGCCAAAGAGGACGAGCAGAGUCCACCCGACAGCCCGUUUGAGGAGCAGCCGGACGGGAAGUACCGCUCACCUUCCUCGCAGCCCACGGAGGACUUCGUAUUUCACCAGGAGGGAGUUGACAGCUUCCAGUACACGUUGGACGCUACGCGCUCGCUGCGUCAGAAGCAGGGUGAAGGGCCGAUGACCUACCUGAACAAAGGCCAGUUCUACGCCGUCACCCUCAACGAGCUCAGCGCCAACAAGCGGCUCCGCCAUCCCAUCAGUAAAGUCCGGAGCGUCAUCAUGGUGGUCUUCAGCGAAGAUAAGAACCGAGAUGAACAACUCAAAUACUGGAAGUACUGGCACUCCCGGCAGCACACGGCCAAACAGCGGGUCCUGGACAUCGCUGAUUACAAGGAGAGUUUCAACACAAUCGGAAAUAUUGAGGAGAUCGCCUACAACGCCAUCUCCUUUACCUGGGACGUGAACGAGGAGGCCAAGAUCUUCAUCACGGUCAACUGUCUGAGUACGGACUUCUCCUCCCAGAAGGGGGUGAAGGGUCUUCCUCUGAUGAUCCAGAUCGACACCUACAGCUACAACAACCGCAGCAACAAGCCGCUCCACAGAGCCUUCUCCCAGAUCAAGGUCUUCUGUGACAAGGGGGCAGAGAGGAAAAUAAGAGAUGAAGAGAGGAAAUUAAUGCGCAAGAAGUCAAAAGGAAAAGACGGUGGUGUCGGUGUGAUAAGUCUUGCCAAAAAGUCCGAUACCACCUACUUCAAGACCCUGGCCGACCUGGAGGCCCAGCCGGUCCUCUUCAUCCCUGACGUUCACUUUGGAAACCUGCAGAGGGCUGGACAGGUGUUUACCUUCAACACAGAGGAGAUUGAGAGAGAGGGGAGCGUGCUGGUGAAGAGGAUGUUCAGGCCGUCCGACGAAGAUCUCUGCUCGUCACCUCACAAACAGAUCAAAGAGGAGACGCACAAAAGAGUGCUGCUGUAUGUAAGAAAAGAGACGGAUGAGGUGUUUGACGCGCUGAUGCUGAAGUCUCCGACGCUGCGAGGCCUGAUGGAUGCGAUAUCAGAGAAGUACGGCGUGCCCCCAGAGAGGAUAGCCAAAGUGUACAAGAAAAGUAAAAAAGGGAUCCUGGUGAACAUGGACGACAACAUCGUCGAGCAUUACUCCAACGAAGACACCUUCAUCCUCAACAUCGAGAGCUACGCAGACGCCUACAAGGUCAUGUUGACGGAGAUCUGACGGCUCGCCGGCACGACGGAGGCGCGUCCUCUGAUAAGCUGACUGAUACGAUAAGAGGCGACCCCUCGCCGACGGGAUGAAGCAAGUCAUAUUUUCUGUGCAGAAGGACGGUUAUAAUUAAAGAAAUGGACACUCCGGUGAGCUGGACGUGGGUGAACUGAUGGACCUCACACCCACAUGUCCAGUUUUACUGAUUUGUUUUCUGUAUAAAAGGAUUUGUACAUUUAUUCACAUUUUGUACAUACUUAUUUUCCAGGAAUAUCCUCAUGAAAUGCCCGAUGUAGCCGUAGCUGGAAUUAGUUGUUGAUCCCAAGUAACUUAGCAGCUUAUCUGCACGCCACACUUGUUUUUGUUAGAUGUUAUUAUUUAUUAUGUCUUGCAUUUCAGUAGAAACUCCAUCCAAGAAUUUCAAAAGGACUUCCAUAAGAUUUCAGUGACUUCUCCUGCAGUCACAUUCAAAAAUACUUGAGUUUCAGAUGUGGUCAUGUUUUAAGUGUUUAUUGGUAGGCUUAAAUUCAAUUCAAUUCAAUUUUAUUUGUAUAGCGUCUAAUACAACAAAAGUUGUCUCUAGGCGCCUAAAUGGCCUAAAUGAGAGAACGAUAAGGGACUCCUAGAAACGAGAUCUCACCCGGUAUUUUAUAUCAUUGACGCAUCAUAACUUGGAUAUAUUGAGAAUUAAAUAAAGAAUAUAAAUAUAACUUUUCUGCUAUCAUGUCAACAAGUGUCUUUUUGGACUAAAUGCUCAUUUUGUGAUAGCAUGCUGACGAAAACGGUGAUUUUGAUAAACUAUCUAGGCAAGAUGACGAUUUUAAUUUCUAAGGAAGUGAUU